CAAACAUGGCUGUGGACGUUAACAACUCAUCUCAAGACACCACCUGAUUUCGCCAAUUUCUCACUUAUGUUGUCAAAACUCGGCUCCGAUCCUUUGUUAUACAGCCACGACAGUGUCGGAAACAAACUGGACGAUUUGAAGAAAGCACCACGCGCUCUUUGUCAAGUCGUAGAAGCCUGUGUACGAGAGAUUUGGAAGAAAUUCCGGCAGUAUCGGUCAGUUUUCGAAGCCGCAGUUUUCAACAUUCAAGCCGCCGCAAAAACAGUUCAAAUUAUGGCCGAUGACAACGAUGUAAUCGGCAGUGCAUCGGAGUAUAUUCGAGAUCGACUGUAUUUUGCUACGCUAAGGACAAAACCGCGCUCGACGGCUCACACACAUUACUUUUGUAUCGAUGAUGAACUAGUGUAUGAAAAUUUCUAUGCAGACUUUGGGCCUCUCAACUUGGCUAUGCUAUACAGAUAUUGCUGUAAAUUAAACAAAAAACUGAAGUCUUUCUCCUUAGCAAAGAAAAGAAUAGUGCAUUACACAAGUUUUGAUGCCAGAAAGCGAGCGAAUGCAGCCUUUUUGAUAGCUUCUUAUGCGAUCAUAUAUUUAAAGAAGACCCCAGAAGAAGCAUACAGGCCUCUUGUUGCUGGCUGUAACCCCCCAUUCCUUCCCUUCAGAGAUGCAUCCUUCGGUGCUUGCUGCUACAAUCUUACCUUGCUUGAUUGUCUCCACGGAUUAAACAAGGCCUUGGCGAAUGGCUUCUUCAACUUUGACACGUUUGAUGUGGAUGAGUAUGAGCAUUAUGAGAAAGUAGAAAAUGGUGACUUCAACUGGAUUAUUCCUAAUAAAUUUCUGGCAUUUUGUGGACCUCAUCCAAAAACAAGGAUAGAUAAUGGUUAUCCGCUCCAUGCACCCGAGGCUUACUUCCCUUACUUCAGGAAACACAACGUCACCACCAUUGUUCGUCUCAAUAAGAAGAUUUAUGAUGCCAAGCGCUUCACAGACGCGGGCUUUGACCACUACGACUUGUUCUUCACGGAUGGUAGUGUUCCCAGCGACAGUAUAGUUCGGCAGUUUUUGGAAUUGUCAGAGCUAGCUGAUGGGGGAGUAGCUGUCCAUUGUAAAGCGGGUCUUGGCAGAACAGGGACAUUGAUAGCAUGCUACAUGAUGAAGCACUACAAGUUCACAGCAGCGGAGUGUAUAGCCUGGUGCAGGAUUGCUAGGCCAGGCUCCAUCAUUGGCCCUCAGCAAAACUUUCUCGAGGAUAAACAGGCCUGGUGCUGGAUGCAGGGAGACUUGCACCGGGCUAAGCAAAAGGACCGUUACAGGGAGAGACAGACUAGUGUCUCCAAAAUCCUCUCUGGGGUAGAUGACAUGAGGAUACAGGAUCUGGACAAUGGGCGCUUCAGGUCAAAUAAGCUUACCUCCGACGACAUCAUUGAUAACAAUGAGGAUGAGGUUUACUCGGGGCCAGUGACUCGCAGCAGGGAAACACAAGGAGAUAAACUGAACCAGCUGAAGCUGUUAAGGAAACACCCUCGCUCAGCUACUACAGGAACUAUAAGUUUUGAGGAUGGUAAAGUCCACAGGCGCUCCACGACCCAGCCCCUGAGGAUGUCUGGCUCUAAAAGUGCCCAGGCUGUAUCGCCUCUCAAGUCCUCCAAAAUCUUCUCCCUGGCAGCACAAAACCAAGCUAACUCGACAACGAAACGCUCCACGCGUCAUUCAUCUAGCUCCUCCCCCAGUGCCAAAAGAGCCCACUAUUCCUUUAGGAGACUCAUGAGGACAGACAUCAGUGGUAAUGUAGGUGUUGCAUAUGAGUCUGACUACCUCGAUAGAAAAGGAAAGAGCUCAAAACCCGAUAUCUAUAAAUCAGGGGAGGACAUUGGGCCUUCGUGGCCUUACAAAUAUCAGUAUCGGUCCAGUGUGACAAUCACAGAAGGGUAAAGUAGAAAUGGACACUUUGUGAUUGAUGUCAACAGCGCAUACUCGUUCUACUAGAGCCUCUCUUCUGCGAUGAGUUUAAAGAGAGAUAACUCUGUCACCUUGUGAUACCGAAGCUUUAUUGGUGUGCCUUCAGCGCUUCAAAGAAGACUGGUUCUGCCCUGCAUUUUUUAUAGUAAACUUAGACACCAGUACCAUGAGUAACAUACCAACAUUUUAUUAUAGCACUGACGUAUGCAGCCAGAAAUCCUGCCUUGAAACUGCAACACUUACAUUGUACAUUUAUUCACACUUUCAGUAACUUUGCUCCAGAAGUAAAAAUCAUAAAGCAGUAUUUUUGCAACCCUGCGUGCCACUAAUCAUGUUUGUGAUGAAGUUAUAUAAGUAGUUUGCAACAAUCUCACUUUUGAAUACACUUUACAGUGUAAAGCUUUUUUAUUUCAAGUUGUAUAGUGCACAUACUCUGGGCUCUUUUAGAACUAUUUAUUAAUCACACUUUAUGCAUGCUGGCAUAGCAUCUAUCUAUAGCAUUCUAUUUAUCUAUGUUACAAUAAUAACUUGUCUCCCAAUAAACAGUAAUUUCUCGAAUUUUAUAUAAUUUUAAUGCUGGGGUAUGUUGUAAGGAUAAUUUGCUGUUGAAGUGUUAAUAUUUGAGGUACCGGUAUUAUAGUCAGUAGUGUUCAGCAUAAAUUGCAGCCAUUGUUGGGAUAUAUAUUGUAUUUGUUUCCAUUUUUCUAUAUACUAUACUUAUAAUUGCAGUGCAUGUUAUUAUUUAAAAUGUUAGAGACAUGCAAGUAUGGCCCAGAGUCAUUGUAAUACCUUUUUUAUAUAACACUUGGACUCAAUACUGAUUGCUGUUUGUUGAAAUUAAUUACAUUUGAUAAUGGUGUUUCAGUCAUGUCUCGCACGUUUGCUGUUACAUUGUGACAUUUUUGUCAGACUGCAACAAACAAUGUUGCGUUGUUUUCUAAUGAUACAAUGGACUCUGUUUUAGAAUAAUUGUCUUUUGUGGUCAGUGUAGUUUUUCUUUUUAAAACCAUUUCUCCCUGUCACCGUAUGCUUUUUAAUAUACAAAUUUUGGUGUGGAGUGUUAUACAAACGAAUUUUGGUCGAAAACUUUUAUUAAGGCUAAAUGUACAUAAUAACAGAUGACUCUUACAUGAAGUGUGUGACAGAAUUUAGUGCUUGCCCUCAUGGAUGAUAUAUAUGUGUAGAUGUAUCUUGCUCUGGUCAUGUUCAUCACAGCUACUUGUUACAUAUAUCUAUGCAUUAUUUGUAGAAACACAUAUUUAUAAAUUUGAAUGGUGUGUAAAUAUGUUUAAGAAUAAUAAUUGUACAAAAUGUGUACAGAUUUGAACAUUUUACAUCCCACGUAUACCCCUAUUGUAAGAAAAUAAUGUUUGUAUACAAAAAGUGUAUUCAGAUUUUAAAGAAGAAAAUCCAUGAUUAGCUGUUGUUGUUGUUGUUUUAGUAAUAGUAGGUGAUACUUGUACGUUAGUCCCUUGUGUUAUGUCUUAGGGAGUUUUGGGUGUUUUAUAAAUGAUUGUUGAGGCACAAGGCUUACAGUAAUUGCCUUGUGUCAUGUUAUUAUUGUACAGGUUUGCCAGUAAUUUAUAUAUGGCCCAUCCAACAAGUGUUGUAAUGCAUAGAGCAGUUAUUGCUGCAUAUUUUUAUAAUUAAUUAAAGAAACCGGUACAUGAAAUUA